AUGGAGACCAAGUACAACGACAUCGUCCAAUUCCUCUGUUUUGGCGAAUACCCACCCGGGUAUUCUAAGACACAGAGGCAGACUUUCAGGCAGACAUCUGCCAAAUUUACUUUAAAGGGUGAGUAUCAAAAAUACCAUCAAUAUUAGUUGUUUGUAAUUAAACAAACCCUCUAAUCUUUCUAUUUCAUUACAGAAGGAGAGGUCUUCGUUGGAAGAAGAAGAGUUAUUAAAAACGAAGAAGAGGCAAGGAGGAUCUUCGUAGAGUUUCAUGCAUCGCCCAUUGGAGGACAUACAGGCACCAACACAACGCGGUCGGCCAUCUCCUCAAGAUUCUUCUGGCAUGGAAUGGCCUCUGAUAUUGAUAAAUGGGUACACAUUAAUUAUCUUUGUGUUUUGCUAUAUUAAUAAAAGCUUGUACACAGGUUAACAACUCGUUUCCUACAGGUCCAGGAAUGCGAUAAUUGCCAGAAGUCUGGAAAGCCAUUGUCUGCUCCACAGCUGUUACAAUGUAUUAAGGUAAAUAUCUACUAUAGUAUUUCAUAACAUGUUAUUACAUUGUUUUAUUUAAAAAUGUAAUAUAUUUUUUUUAAUCACACUAGGUAUCUGCUGUCUGGGAGCUUGUUGGGAUUGACCUAACAGGUCCCUUCACAGAGACAGUGGAUGGCUUUAAGUACAUAUUGACGGCUACAGAUUACUUUUCAAAGUGGGUGGAGGCUUUUCCUCUGAAAUCAAAAUGUGCUGGUUGUCCCAAGCGUAUACUUUCAGACCAGGGUAGAGAAUUAAUCAAUCAAGUAUGUGUACUUUCAACAUAACAUUGUUGUCAAUAAUAUUUAUUUUGUAACAUGUUGGAUUAUAAGAAAUUAUAUGUUCCUACUUUCUUCUUUUCUUUUUUUUUUUUCGUUCAAGCUCAACGACCAGAUGUGCAGUCUUCUUGGAAUCGAAAGAAGCGUGACAGCGGCAUAUCAUCCACAGACCAACGGCCUUGAUGAAAAGACUAAUCAUAACAUCAAAAGGCAAGUUUAA